CACUCACCUGGCCGCUCCACAAGAUUAGCACACAACAAAAAUGAAUACGGAAGAUAAGCACACCUGAAUGAAACGCGACGACUCUGAAAUAAGCGGACAAUGAACGCGGAGAAACUCCCAAUGGAAGAGGUGGUCUUCAAGUCGGUUUUGGCAGCGCAGGACUCCGCGUCGCUGGCUGACACCACUCUGGCUCUGCCGCCGGAGGAACACAUAACCAGCCCGACGAAGAGCCCGCGUUCCGACGAGCGGACUUCCCGACUGCUGCAGCAGGUCCAACUCACACUGGCACGAAGGGGGAAAAAGACGACUUCGCUUGGUAGUGUCCAUUCACAGAAAAACGCAACAAGGUACCCUGAUCCUAAAGAUGGACCCUCACCAAACUUUAAGGUAAGUGGACUGGGCUUCGGCAAUCAGUCUCUCUCAAGUGGUCUUGAGCGGAGACCAACCAGGAGGGUUGAGGUAUCUCCUUUGCCCAGCCCGGGGUUACCCCGCCACCACUUGCACUAUGGGACCCUUCAAUUCGGGACCUACACCCUCCCCAGCCCGAGUCAGCCACAGAGGAUGUGCGGCCUCCUGGACCGCUCCUUUCGGUCUGACUCUUUUCGGCAGUAUGCCUUCUCCGAGGUGCCGCAUGGCACUCGGUUUCACACAUCCAUUCAUAAUGCUGGACUGUCCUCUCGAGGAGCAACCUUCAGCUGCAGGUCCGGCAGACAGACGGCAGUGCCACAGCCCCUUUUGGCUGACACCACGCACAAUACCCUCACUGGCUCCAUCCAAAGUCCCCGACAGAUGGACACCCAAACCGAGAGAACAAGUAGUGUGCGGAGAGCCACGCUUGGCUCUGGCCAGCAUAGAGACGGGUUUGCCUGGCCCGCCAAGUUCAGGAGAGACGACCUCGAGCUUGACAGACAAAAUUCAUAUCCAGCCUCAGUGGGCAGCAUGGAGGUGGACUGGGCGAAGAGAAGGGAAGUGGAGGCGGUACAGAUAAAGAGCGUUACAGCACCGAGGGUGGCAAACAAGGCUCCAGAGCUGACAAUAGAGAGGGCCGUGAGCCUGCUGACACAGGACGACGAGGACACGCUCAUUACCGCAGCCAGCUUCGUUCAAAAUCAAUGCUUUCAUAGCGAAGAUGCUAAAAAGAUGGUGUUUUAUCUCAACGGGAUUCCCAAACUCCUGCACCUGAUCCAAAGUGACAGUGAGGACGUACAGCUUUUUGCCGCCGGGGCGUUGCGUAAUUUGGUCUUCCAGAACAACGACAACAAGAUGGAGGUGAAGGAGAACCAGGGCCUGACCACCGUACUUCAUGUCCUCGAGACCAACCACAACGUAGUGACCAGACGGCAACUUACUGGAUUACUGUGGAACCUGUCAUCCCACGACCUUCUGAAGGACCACCUCUCCAGAGAUGCCUUGUCCAUCCUCACCAACAAAGUCCUGGUCCCCUGCUCGGGAAUAUCCGAGGGAGAAAAACCUAAAGAUGAACUCCUAGCCGACCCGGACACUUUUCACAAUGCGACAAGCUGUCUGCGAAACAUAAGUUCAGCCGGUCCAGACUGCAGGAAGGCGAUGAGGGAGUGUGAGAAUCUGAUUGACUCUCUGGUCUACUAUAUCCGUGGCACCAUAGCGGACUACAAACCAGAUGACAAGGCCACGGAGAACUGUGUGUGCAUCCUGCACAACCUGUCCUAUCAGAUUGAGGCAGAGCUCCCCCAGAAGUACUUCAGAGAUCUCUAUGAAUCUCGACAGAGUCUGGCCCCCAAGCCAAAGACCCCCGGCUGUUUUGGUCAUCAAAGUGCCAAGAUCACAGAGCGUAUGGAGCGGCAGCACCCCCUGCUGGAAGACAAGGCCAACCCUCAGGGCGUGGAGUGGCUGUGGAGUGCCAUCACGGUGAGGAUGUACCUGUCGCUGAUGGCUCGCAGCAUCCGGCACUACACCCAGGAGGCCGCCAUGGGAGCCCUGCAGAACAUCACAGCUGGAAACGGACUGAUGACUGAAGCGAUUGCCCACACCAUCGUGCAGCGGGAAAACGGCCUUCAGCAGGUCAGGAAGAUGCUGCAGGAGGAAAAGAGAGAUGUGAAGCGGAUGGCGGUAUCUCUCCUGAAAAACCUCUCCCGCCACAGGGAACUGCACCCUGAGAUUGUCAAACAGGUGUUACCAGAGCUGGUGUGGAUGCUGCCAAACUCCGACACGGGCACUGACUUGCCCACUGAGGUGACGAUGUCCCUGUGUCACAUCCUCAUUAACCUGAGCCAGAACGAGACGCAGAACGUUAAAGCCAUCAUCAACCAGGGCGCCCUCGCGAAGAUCAUCAACAUCAGCACCAAGGACAGGGGUUAUGGACCAUCAAGGGCAGGUCAGGCCGCUUGCAUCCUGCUGCACAGCAUGUGGAACCACAGCGAACUGCACGGGGCCUACCGGAAGGCUGGCUAUAAGAAAACCGAUUUCGUCAAUGGGAGGACAACAAAGGCUGUUAACGCAUCGCGAGACUAAGCAGAGGGCAGGAAAAUGAACCAAGGUUGCGGAGAAUUGGUGGAGUUCGUUAGUUUGGUCCCGUCACUCAAAGCACUGCUCUUUUGUAUUGGAGCCUCUAUGGAGAUGCAAUCAACCAAAAAUUUCUUAAUGGAAAAUUUUGAGGUUUUGUUCAUUACAUUUCUUUACCCGGCUACUGUCAAAUACCAGAAUCAAGUGUCAGAAUAAAAGGGCUAUUUCACUUUGUUGGGUUUCCUCAUGAAACCGUGAAUAGAUGGUUUCACUGAAGAAUCCAAACCAGCAGUUUCAGAAAACCAAAGGCAAACAUGUCACGCUUCCACCGAAUGUGAGUUAAAGCAAUUGAAAUUAAAAUGUCAAAAUAUUCACGUAUCCUGUUACUGUAAAAAAGAUGUAUUUUGUAGUGUUUUCAGUUUUUGUGUUUGUAUGCGUUAGCUCCUCUGGAGCCCCGGCAGUGGCAACGUCACAGGUCAGAUUGCUUCAGUAAGUUUUCAAGCACUUCAGGUGUCAAAUAUAAGUACACACAUUACUAGAAAAAAAGAAAGAAAAAAACCUACUACGUCAGAAGCUACCUUAGAACUAAGUAAUUGUGAAGGAUGAUAAUUAAAGAAGGAAAAGCAUUGCUACUUGUCAAUCUAAUUUAGUUUUAUAUGUAAAUGUACAUAAGUGACUUAAAUAACCUGAUUUACUGCAAUA